AUGGCUGCCGGUCUCACGCUACAAACAGCCAUUAAGGGCACACCGGACUCCACCGUCGUGAUUGUUCCUGGGAGCCAAGCCUUGACUGUCACCUAUAGGGACCUCGUCUCCGAGACGGCUUCGUUCCAGCAGAAACUAGCCGCCAUUGGCAUCGCCAAGGGAUCUCCCGUAUCUAUCGCAACCGUCAACUCGUACGAAUUCAUCGUAUCUUUUCUCGCCGCGUCAUGGCAGCGCGCUAUCGCCGCUCCGCUCAACCCGGCCUACAAGCAGGAUGAAUUCGAGUUCUACAUUGACGACGUCAAGUCGGCUAUCGUCCUCGUUCCCAAGGGCGCCUACCAGAGCGCUAGCCCGGCCGUGAAGGCUGCUCAAAAGUUCAAUGCGGCCAUCGCCGAGUGCUACUGGGAUGCCGCCAAGAAGGAGGUCGCCCUCGACGUCAAGGAGCUCGGGCAGCUCCAGGGCAAGCCCAAGCAGCCCGUCCUCAAGCCGGAACCCGAGGACAUCGCCCUGGUCCUCCACACCAGCGGCACCACCUCCCGCCCCAAGGUCGUGCCCCUCUCCCACCGCAACCUCACCCGCACCAUGCACAACAUCCAACAAACCUACCAGCUCACCCCGGCCGACCGCACCAUGCUAGUCAUGCCGCUCUUCCACGUCCACGGCCUCCUCUGCGGCCUUCUCGCGCCCCUCCUCACCGGCGGAUCCAUGGUCGUGCCCACCAAGUUCUCCGCGUCCGACUUCUGGCGCGACUACACCACCCACAACGCCAACUGGUACACAGCGGUCCCGACGAUCCACCAAAUCCUGCUCAAGAACCCGACCCCCUCCCCGCUGCCCACCAUCCGCUUCAUCCGCUCCUGCUCCUCCCCGCUCUCCCCGACCGUCUUCCACGCGCUCGAGCAGACGUACAACGCGCCCGUGCUCGAAGCCUACGCCAUGACCGAGGCCGCCCACCAGAUGACGUCCAACCCGCUGCCCUCGGUCGGCGCGCGCAAGCCCGGCACCGUCGGGCUGGGCCAGGGCGUGGAGGUGGUCAUCCUCGACGCGGCCGGCGCCGCAGUCGCACCCGGCGCCGAGGGCGAGAUCUGCAUCCGCGGCGAGAACGUCACGGGCGGCUACCUCAACAACGCCGAGGCUAACCGCACCGCCUACACGGCCGAGGGGUAUUUCCGCACCGGCGACCAGGGCCGCAAGGACGCGGAUGGGUAUCUGGUUAUCACGGGGCGGAUUAAGGAGCUUAUUAAUAAGGGGGGGGAGAAGAUCUCGCCGAUCGAGCUGGAUAAUGUGCUGACCCGCCACCCGGCCGUCUCGGAGGCGGUCAGCUUCGCUGUGCCGGAUGAGAUGUAUGGGCAGGAGAUCGGGGUGGCGGUGGUGCUGAAGCCGGGGGUGAGGUUGGUUGAGGGGGAGUUGAAGGCGUGGGUGGCGGAGAAGCUGGCCAAAUUUAAGGUGCCUAAGAAGGUUUAUUUCACCGAUAUCAUGCCCAAGACAGCGACGGGCAAGAUCCAGCGGCGGAUUGUGGCCGAGACAAUGCAGAAGCAGGAGGGCCGGGCUAAGUUGUAA